GGGACGCUGACCAUGACAGAUGGCUGGGUACCAUGGAUACUGGUACUGUGUCUGACUACAUGCACGACCAUUUCUGGAAUGUCUGUGAUUGUCAGAGUAGCUGUUCUUGGGGAUAUUUGUCUCUGGCUGAUUGUAUGCCAUGUCUCUGUAUAGAUGCCUGUCUCUCUUUAAUGCCGGGACUGUGGCCAUCAGUAUCCAUGAUGUAUAUAGAGGACCAUCAUAUAACAGAGGAGUAUAUAAUGGGUACUAUGACAAAACAUCAGUAUCUGCGGCUAAGGAAGUGAGAGUCUGUGAAAGGCGGACCCAGGAGGCCUGAGCAGUGUUUGCCCCCAGCCCCCUGUGGGGCUUUGGGGCCCCCAGAAACCUUCAGGACGGAGUCAGACGGGGCGGGCACAAUGAACAAGUUACGGCAGAGUCUUCGGCGGAGGAAGCCAGCCUAUGUGCCUGAGGCAUCGCGUCCACACCAGUGGCAGGCAGAUGAGGAUGCAGUGCGCAAGGGCACCUGCAGCUUCCCUGUCAGGUACCUGGGCCAUGUGGAAGUGGAGGAGUCUCGGGGGAUGCACGUGUGUGAAGACGCUGUGAAGAAGCUGAAGGCGAUGGGCCGGAAGUCCGUGAAAUCUGUCCUGUGGGUGUCAGCUGAUGGACUCCGAGUAGUGGAUGACAAGACCAAGGACCUACUGGUAGACCAGACCAUUGAAAAGGUCUCUUUUUGUGCUCCUGACCGCAACCUGGACAAGGCUUUCUCCUACAUCUGCCGAGACGGCACCACCCGUCGCUGGAUCUGCCACUGCUUCCUGGCACUCAAGGACUCGGGGGAGAGGCUGAGCCACGCGGUGGGCUGUGCGUUCGCCGCCUGUCUGGAGCGGAAGCAGCGCCGGGAGAAGGAGUGCGGGGUCACGGCUGCCUUUGAUGCCAGCCGCACCAGCUUUGCCCGCGAGGGUUCCUUCCGCCUGUCAGGGGGUGGCCGGCCUGCGGAGCGUGAGGCAGGGGACAAGAAGAAAGCAGAGGCAGCAGCUGCCCCCGCUGCGGCUCCUGGCCCUGCCCAACCUGGGCAUGUGUCCCCAACACCAGCCACCACAUCCCCUGGUGAGAAGGGGGAGGCGGGCACCCCAGCGGUUGCAGGCACCACCGUGGCUGCUGCUAUUCCCCGGCGCCAUGCCCCUCUGGAGCAGCUGGUUCGCCAGGGCUCCUUUCGUGGGUUUCCAGCGCUCAGCCAGAAGAACUCUCCUUUCAAACGGCAGCUGAGCCUACGGUUGAAUGAACUACCAUCAACACUGCAGCGCCGAACUGACUUCCAGGUGAAGGGCACAGUGCCUGAGAUGGAGCCUCCUGGUACCAGUGACAGCGAUGGCAUCAAUGCUCUGUGCACACAGAUCAGCUCGUCUUUUGCCAGUGCUGCAGCACCAGCGUCAGGGCCACCAUCUGCCACAACAGGGACUUCUGCCUGGGGUGAGCCCUCUGUACCCCCUGCAGCUGCCUUCCAGCCUGGGCACAAGCGGACACCUUCAGAGGCUGAGCGAUGGCUGGAGGAAGUGUCCCAGGUGGCCAAGGCCCAGCAGCAGCAGCAGCAACAGCAGCAGCAGCAACAGCAGCAGCAGCAGCAGCAAGCAACCUCGGUGCCCACCAUGCCCCCUGCCCUGCAACCCUUCUCUGCCCCAGUGGGGCCCUUUGACACUGCACCUGCCCAGGUGGCUGUGUUCCUGCCACCCCCACACAUGCAGCCUCCUUUUGUGCCAGCCUACCCAGGCCUGGGUUACCCACCCAUGCCCCGGGUGCCUGUGGUGGGCAUCACACCUUCGCAGAUGGUAGCCAAUGCCUUCUGCUCAGCUGCCCAGCUCCAGCCCCAACCGGCCACCCUACUUGGGAAAGCCGGGGCCUUCCCACCCCCUGCUGCACCCAGUGCCCCUGGGGGCCAGGCCCGUCCACGCCCCCAUGGGGCUCCCUGGCCACCAGAGCCAGUGCCAGCCCCUGCUCCUGAGUUGGACCCCUUUGAGGCCCAGUGGGCAGCAUUAGAAGGCAAACCCACUGUGGAAAAGCCCUCCAACCCUUUCUCUGGCGACCUGCAGAAGACCUUCGAGAUUGAACUGUAGCCCACGUUGCCCCGCUCCCACUUCAUCCUUCCCGGGUGCACCAGACUCUGGAGGGGAGGCCUGACCUCUCCCCUAGUGCUGCUCCCUGGGUCUGUGUCCCUCAACACCCCCACUAAGCCCCUCUCUCCACCAUCCUCACAACCACUACAGAACCAAUAUUGUGAUGGCCAGGUUGCGACAAGAUGGAAUUCAGGGAGAGACCCAGCCUGGCUAAAGGAACCAUUUCACUGCCGGACAUAGGCUGGCAAAUACCCCUUCCCAGCCCCGGACACGGGGGUGGUGACAGUCCCACGGAAUGCCCUCGGUUCAAGCUACGUUUCCCAGUUUCUGUUGUUGACUUCCUACCUUCCAGUGUUGGGCAGGAUGGGGGAGGGAUGUCUACUUAGGGCUCUCCUGCGCCUGUCUCAAGUCUGGCCAUCCCCUCCCUGCCCCAUACACACAGCACAAGCUAAGGGCUUCCCUCUGCCCACGCUGCGUUCACUGCCAAUGCUGUGCUCGCCCCACCCCCUCCCCCAUACGGGAGGCCACGUCUUCCGCAGGGCAGAGGUCUCACGGGGUAGGGGCCAAAUUGGGGGUCCAGGAGUGGGGGAGGGGGGAGGGAAAAAGAUGCUCAGUUACCUCAUGCCGGUGCCCGCUGGAGAGGGGCUCCCAGAAAGGGAAGGGGUGCCUGGCGGGUACUUUUCUAUCUUUUAUUUCCAGAUUUUUUUUGUAUCUAAACUUGCAGAUUUGUAUUAUACAAGGACAGCCAAUAAAGGAAGACUAUAACGGUG